AUGGCAAGCGAAACACGAUCGAACAAGGCUUAUGUCCUUGGUGUUGGCAUGACGAAGUUUAUCAAGCCCCGUGGUCUACGUCAGUAUCCAGACUUGGGCUACGAAGCCGGCAUUAAAGCCAUGCUAGACGCUCAGAUCAAUUACGACGACGUUGAGCAUGGCGUGGCCUGUUUUGCCUAUGGAGACUCAACCUCGGGACAGCGCGUGUUUUACCAGUUUGGCAUGUCAUCCAUUCCCAUCGUCAACACGAGCAAUGCAUGCGCUACGGGAUCUGUCGGCUUGUAUCUGGCUCGUACGCUUGUUCAGAGCGCCAGGGCCGAUUGCGUGCUCGUGGUGGGAUUCGAGAAGAUGAAUCCCGGAAGUCUCAAGAGCGUCUGGAGUGAUAGACCCAGUUCAAGUGGUCGAUUUGCCGCCAAGAUGCGAGAGUUGGCUGAGCCUUCAAACUCUCCUCUGACGGGGCAGUAUUUUGCAAACGCAGGCCGAGAAUACAUGACAAAAUAUGGGGCAAAGGAAGAGGACUUUGCGGAAAUUGCCCGCGUUUCGCAUGAGCACUCGCAGCGCAACCCCUACGCCCAAUUCCAGCAGAAAUACAGCCUCAAGGAGAUUCAGGACUCACCUACCAUCUACUCGCCUCUGACGAAGCUGCAAUGCAGCCCAACCAGCGAUGGGGCCGCAGCUGCAGUCAUUGUGUCUGGAAGGUUCCUCGCUACCCGGCCACAUCUCAAAGGACAGGCCAUUUUAAUGGCUGGGCAGGCGUUUUGCACCGACUCCCCCAAGACAUUUGGCAAUAGUGCAAUGGAGCUCGUCGGUUAUGACAUGUCACAAAGAGCUGCCAAAGCAGCUUUAGCUGAAGCGGGCGUGGCAGCGGAUGAUAUCCGGGUCUGCGAAUUGCACGACUGCUUCUCCGCAAACGAGAUGUUACUCCUAGAUGCCCUUGGCUUCUCCGAGCCAGGAAAGGCGCAUGAGAUGGUCCGAAGAGGAGAUAUUACAUUUGGGGGCAAGAUGGUGAUCAAUCCAUCUGGCGGUCUGAUCUCAAAAGGCCAUCCAAUUGGAGCUACGGGAUUGGCUCAAUGUGCUGAGCUGACCUGGCAGCUACGCGGGUGGGCCAAUACGCGGCUUUGUAGUGAAACACGCGUCGCGCUGCAGCACAAUCUUGGCCUCGGAGGCGCGGUGGUUGUUAACGUGUAUAAGCGCGCCGAUGGACAAGCAAACAUCAAGGUUAGCGAUGGUGAGGUGGUUAAACAUAGCUGGCUCGGUUACAAUCCAGCGGUUGAAGCCCGAGGGAUAACUUCCAAUGAUGCCGAAAGAGUCAGGAGCAAGAAACACAGAAACGACUUCGCUCUCGGGGAAACGGCUGACAGAAUUCGAGCUGUUGCGAAUUUGUGA